AUGCCUUCGACUUCCAUCACAUCGCUUCUCUGGCCUGUAGGUAGCAAUGUAGCUAUCACCGGCGAAGUUUUCGAAGCCGAAGCCACAGAAACACGAUAUAUGCUACGAGGUUGCUACCCAUCCAGCGACAAAGGGUGCGACUACCAAACAGAAUUCGUCAAUUUCGGCCCCUGGGCCAGCGAAACGUUACCGAAAGGCGCCGCUGCGACGGGCAUAUACGAUGUACACGGCACUGUCAAUGGAACCGUUUACUCCAGCGUAUGCGAAAUGAGCCGGUCGGUAAUCGAGAAAUGCACAGUCUCGAAGCAAUCUGGGUGGGAUGAUUCGACCGAGUAUACAACUACCAGAACCAAGGGCGAGACGGGUGCAGACUUUACUCUUUCAUACCACGCCGUCACUCUUACAGGCGGUUUCGAGAAAUUCGCAUCUGUAUCGGAGGCAACCCCAGCUAGCAUGAUUACUUCUACUGCUGAACCUACUUCAACUGCUGAGGCGUCAACUACCACCGAUACUAGCCUUGACAGUGUAAACGACGAUCCCAGCACAACUGAUAUGGAUAUCUCGAAUACUGCGGCCGCCAUCACAGAAACGACCACCUCCGCUGUUCCUACCGAGACAGUUUCUGCUGGAUCUCGGCCUCUGGUUCGCGCAUUAGCUGUUGUAGCUUUAGCCGGUAUGGCCACUGCGCUGAUUGCUUGA